AUGUCUUCAUCAUUAAGUACAAUUCUUUUCUUUCAAGAUUCUUAUCAUUUCAAUUUAUUAACAGGUGAUUCUGGUGUUAAUUAUCCUGAAAUAUCUAUUCGAAAUCAUCAAAAAUAUGAUGAUGAUAAUGAAAUAUCAUUAAGAAAAUAUGAUUCAGAUAUAGGACUUCAUCAUGAUACACAAACAGUCACUGAAUCUUAUGUUAUGCCUUAUAUAUCAACAGAAAAAGGUUUAGAACGUGCAUUGGAACAAACAAAUCGAUUUUGUUCAGGUCUGGCACAUAUUGCAACUGAUCUUGACACAUGA